AAAAUAAGGAGAAGAAUCUAUAGGAGGUAGUGAGAGAGUACAUUCCUGGACAGGACAUCAAUCAGAGAGUUCUUUCCCAGCUUGAGAAGAUUUGGCGUCUGUGGUGUUGAAGCAACAUACAAUGGAGGAUAGAAUUCGAUCUGUUAUUCACUUCAACAGUUGAACAUCAUGACAAAAUUAGAGCGUAUUGAGAGGUGGAUGCUGAAUCCACGAAUUGCAUGGAUGCUGUCUUAGAGCAUACCAAGUUAACAGAUGAUUGACAUAUCAUGCUAGACAUGAGUUGGGAGGAAUCGACAGAGGAGCAAUCACAGUGAACUGUAAUUUGGCUUUGGCUGAGGUCAUGAGGCAUCCCAAUCAUUGAUAAGGCUUCAGGCCGAGGUCGACGAAGUAGUGGAACAGGAUCGAAUGAAAUAUGUCAUGAAAGGUGUCGUCUGUAUGCUCGGCCCCGCCUUUGCAGGCGUCUUCCUCUUAGAUCCAACUUUCACUCACUUCCAUCACUCACCGUCUAUCACAACCAUGACAUUUCCUUCUGACAUAAGAGUGCUUCCACAUCCACUUUGCAGUGUACACACAGUCACGCGAGAAGUCACUGAAUGUUGCAUGAGAAUGAAUGGACUUUUUCCUCUCCAGAGUUCAAGACCUGCUUCGAUCGAAUAUACUUAAUCUCUGCCGAGGAGGAUCUACGGUCUCUAUAUCGUUGGACUUGUUUAGUCAUUCUAAGAAGCAACC